UUGCAGCUGACAAAAACAGCGUGCGCGAGGCCGCUGAUCACCCAGAGGAACCGCAGGGAGCAGCGGACGACAAUGCGGAGCGUCUCCAUCUUGGCGCUGGCUGUCGGCGCCGGCGCGUUCGCGCCGACCACGAUCACACGACCGUCGACAGCGCUCGCCGUGCACCGACCGCGCGUCGCGGCGCCUAACACGUCCAACUUCAAAACAUCAAUUGCGGCUGGACGCGCGGUCGCAUGGCUGGGUUACGGCCGCCGCACGGCCCCGAAUUACACGCCGCGCACACCACCGCUGUAAAAGCGGAUCAAUAGACACCUGACCGCGCGCGGCGCCACCGGUCGUCCGUCCCGCCCGCUGGAGGCGCCGCCACACCCCCUCACACGCGACCACCGCAGGCAACUCAAGGCUGCGAAGAAGGCGAAUCGGCUGCGCCCCAAGAAGAAGAUGCCGUCGGACAUUAACAGGAAACCGCCGCCGUACGACGUCGAGCCGCAGUAUUACGAGGGCCGCCCCGACGAGUACGUCGUCGAGUCGGAGGGCUCCGACGACUUCGACAAAAACGCCCACAUCGCCAAGGUGCUGGCGGACCUCGAGGCGCAGGCGGACUACGAUAACACCGACGCCGCGGAGGAGGAGAAGAUCAUGGCGAGCGUCAAGUACCCGGAUCCGGCUGUCGCAUUCGUCGCCAUGGCCAAGUAGAAGAAGUAAUGGCCUGUGUAUUUA